UAAUACAGCAAAAACAAAACAAAACUUUAGUGACACAUUGAGGUAGAAAAAAAAAGAUCUUAGGAAAUAAAGAAGCAUGAUGUUGGAGGAGCUAAAACACCUUUUAAAUUUCCCCUGUUUUAUAUUUAUAUUGUUUCAUUGUUGUAAUGCCGAAAGAAUUAUUGAUAUGGAAAGUUAUGACUGUGUCCACACGGAACCAUUUCAAGUCAGUGACAAUGAUUUGAUGAGAGUCAGAGCACAGCCUCGACAUGACAGAGGAGAUAGAUUCAGAUGCAAAAUUACACUACAGGCACCGCAAGGAAGAUUUCUCUAUGUGUAUAUUGCAGAUAUCGAUAUUAAAGAAUGUGGUGUAACUUUAAAAUUCUAUGAUUAUUAUUAUAAUAGUCAAAAUAUGAUUAAAGAAUCAACUUGCAAAACAGCACCAGGGGCUUAUUUCCAGACCCGUAGUAAUACUUUAAUUGUGGAACUUAACAAACUAACAAGUUCAAAUACUGUUUACCGAUUCUCUAUAUUAACAGCUACAAAUCAUGGUCCAAAGAUUCACAGAUUAAGUGGUAGUCCAAGCUUGAAGACUUACUCCAUAUCAAGGAUAUUUAUUCUAAUACUAGUUUGCGUCAGCCUACACUGACAAAUUCACAAAAAAAAGGAAAUAAAUAUUAAAUUAAAUAUUCUUCUUCUUCGAAAUUUCAGACAUCCAUAAAUUAUUUAUGAAAUUACUGAUUAACUUCUGAAAUUAUCGCUUCAUUUUCUGCAUGAGAGGGUUAAAUGCUGGAUGAUUUAAAUUCAUGAAAAAUACCAUGUUUGCCAUGCAGGAAAAUAAAAAAAAGAAUGAAGUUCACACUUGAAAUUUAAUGCUGAAAUUAUCGUAUUCCAGCAAUAAAUAUUUACUCACUAAUAUGACGCCACAAUUUUAGAGGAACGGACUUAGACAUUCAUUUUUUCUAAAAAUGUGAGACUAAAUAACUACAGCUCAUUGCCAUUAUGGUGACACCCAUUGCUUACAUUAACUUUUAAGUGACUAUUCAAUGUUUAGAUGCUUUGAUAUGAAGUUAAGACGCUGAACUACAAGCCAUAGUUCAAAUCUUGUGCCCCUUAGUAAAGCACACUGGUGCAUGGCUAAACAAAGAACAAGCUCCACUAUUUUCUUCACAGGUGAAUAAUAGCAGUAAGAAGAAUAUCUUGGCUCUAGACAUAAGUCUACAGUAAAUAUAACAACUUAACCAA